CCCUCUUUAAAUACACGGUACAAAUAUCUCCCUCUCUGUUUCAUCAUUGUCACCACUUUCUUUCUUUUCUUCUACUCUCUGUUCUAUUUCUUCUUAGAACUCCAAAAAGAAAACCAAGUAUGCCACCUGGCUCAUAUGAAACAAACAUUAGUUCAUUUUCAUCCUUUUUUCAAGGGUGGUUACAACGCCAAGAACAAUUCUUGAAUGAAAUUAUCAUAGCACAAAACACACUUAAUGAAUCACAAGAGGGUGUUAUUCGAGACCUUAUUUUUCGUGUUCUAGCUCAUUACCAAGAAUACUAUGAGGAAAAAUCAAGAAUGACACAUAGAAAUGUGUUUUACAUGUUUUCACCUGCAUGGUUUACACCAUUGGAAAAAAGUUUUUUUUGGAUUGCAGGGUUUAAACCAGGUUUAGCUUUUUCACUUGUUAUGAAUUCUGUUAAUGAUUUGAAUGAAAAUCAAGUUGAGAGGAUUAAUAGGUUGAGAGUUGAAACAAGGGUUGAAGAGAAGAAUCUUAUGGACGAAUUGGCAAAAAUUCAAGAAAGCGUGGCGGCCCCACCGUUGAUGCGACUAGCACAGCAGUUCGGAAUUGAACUACCGUCAGACAGAGAAAUCAGAGAAGUGGAUGAGAAUAUAGAGACACUAAGAUCAGCCAUGGAGAUUGUGGUGACAGAUGCAGAUAGGUUAAGGACAAGAACAGCAGAAAAUGUGGUGGGAAUACUAAAUCCUUUGCAGGGUUUAAGGUUUUUAAUAGCAGUAGCACAACUUCAACUGAGAAUAAGGAUGAUUGGAAUGCAGAGAGAAGCUGAGAGACAUCAAAUGGAUACUUCAGAUGGUUGGUAGAUUUGAUUUUGCACUACACUGAUUUUGGUGAACUUUUGGAGAUUGAUGAUGAUGAUCAUGAUAGAUUAGCAAGGUUUUUGUUUAUAUUUUGAGACUUUUUUGAUAGUAAUUGUAAGAUAGGAAGUUUUUUUUGUGUUAUGUCUAAGUUUGGACUUUUUUUUGUAGUAGUAGGGUACUAGGUU